AUGUAUUCCUGGUUUUUGGCGAUAGCACUUGCUGUCACUAUAUCGUGGCUUGUAUCUAUAGUCCUUCGAGGCUCAAAAGAUGAAUGUCAUGACCCUACAUCAAAAGAGCAAGUCAAUGUUCUAAAUGACCAACAUCCCGACCCGAGAGCCUGGUUGCGCGGCUCAGCCUUCGGCGACGACAAUCGAAGCGAAUAUGAAGCCAUACGUCGUUUCAAUGCUCAUGUGUAUCGAGGUCUUGAUCUCGAUCCAGCAUCCUCGGACAUCCGCGUCGUAGUCCAGAAAGGCUUUGAACGUGAUCUUGUCACCGUACCGCUCAAAUCGAAUUACAUAGCUCUCUCCUACGCGUGGGGCGAUGAGUGCGACGUUUGCGAAAUAACAGUCAACAGGCAGACCUUCAAGGUGACCAGGAAUCUCUUUGAGGCACUCGUGUUCCUUCACGCUGCAGAGAUUGAUUACCCAAUAUGGAUCGACGCAUUGUGUAUAAACCAGGACGAUGCCGCGGAGAAGAGCGUACAAGUGAGAAGAAUCAAAGACGUGUAUGCCGGAGCCGGACGGACAAUUGUUUGGCUUGGUCCGGGUACAGAAGGUACUAACAGAUUCAUUGACUAUGUCAACAAAUUCGCCCUAGAUCAUUACGAUAUAGACCCUCAAGAAAAUUUGAAGCUCCUCGUUCAUGGGGUUCGCACCAACCUGGCUGUCUUGAAGGGAUUUGGGGAGUUGAUCGUACUCCCGUACUUUCGGAGGCUAUGGAUUGUACAGGAGCUCAUGGUUUCGCAAGGGCCCGAGAUCAUGUGCGGAACACGUAUGAUGCCAUUCUUUGCAAUUCCGAUAUUGAUGAGAGUCGCAAUCAAUUUCAGCAUAAAUAUUUCACAAUGCCAAACAACAAUGGGUGUUUCACCAUAUCAGAAGAACCUGGCUCUGUUGUAUGACUUCCGAGAUGAAAUGGACAGAAGUGGCGGAGCCAUGGAUUUGAGCGUUUGGAUUGGACUAGUUGGCGUGAAGCAUCAGUGUCGAGAUCCACGAGACAAGAUUUUUGGCCUUUUGGGGCUGUCCCUCGACAGGUGUUCAGAGGAGCUAGCGAAAUUGAAUUACACUAUGUCGCCGAAUGAGAUAUACACAGAGACCACGAAGUACAUUCUACGGAAGCAUAAUGACUUGGACUUUAUCUGCAUCGGUCGCGGACCUGACCGGAACCAGGAACUUUCGAGCUGGGUUCCGGAUUUUCGUUUAAACCCAUCUAGAUCAUUUCCAAGCUGUACAAAAGAUCCGCUAAUCAAAACGCACGCGUUUGCUGCAGGUGGACCAGAACACUCAGCAUCACACCCCGCUAUCAAUGCAAGGGCAAAGUACGACGAGGCUGUAAAAUCGUCUCCAGACUACCUCCGAUUCAUGAGUGAUGUAUUCAACAAAAGCAUUCUGGUAACUCAAGGAAUCGUAGUCGAUACAGUCUAUGAUAUGGGCGAAUUAUAUGACAUAGAUUGGUUGGAAGAGCCCAAACAUGCUGAUUCAAUCCUCAGUACAACUCAGCUAGCUCACCACCAGAAGAUCUUACAUGAAACCGAGCAAAUAGCCCACAAACGUGGCAGAUAUAACAAAUGGAUCUAUUCUGACAGUCCCGCAUCAUACCAGCACGCCCUGUCUCGAACACUCGUGUGCGGUAGAGACGCUGAUGGGGAGCCCUGCAAACCGGGAGGCGGCUUCUAUGCAUUCAAGGACCCCAAGAUUCCCACCAGUAAUUCUCAAUUGAGACUACAAGGCCCCGAUGUCACGAUGGACGACCUAAAAGUACAUUUACCACGCCUCCGACGCCAUUUCAUGGUCUCAUCAGCCGGAUACAUCGGACUUGUGCCGCCAGGCACUCGGAAACAUGCUCUCAUCUGUGUUCUUUUCAACUGCAGUGUUCCGGUGAUACUACACGCACUGUGGCCGAAUCGGCCGGCAGGGUCCCGUAAAUUCGUAUUCGUCGGUGAAUGGUGA